UGUAACAGGCUAAGCCAAAACCUCUGGGAGUAGGAAAGACUUUUCUGCCUUCCUACUGGACCCGUUAUUCACAUUUGCCUAUAUUCUGUGAAAAAGAAGAAAUAAAAGAAAAUCACCCAAAUUUUCAAAAAAGUUUGCCAAAAUGUAUGAAAUAGACAGUGACUCUGAAUCAGAAAACGAAGCUAAGGAUUCCAUCAUGAUGAAAAGAAAGUCUGAAAAUACCAUUCUUAUUCCAGAGAUCCCUGAGCUUGAGAUCCCAUUCUCAGUACAAGACAUCCUCUCUAGGAUUACUGAAGCACAGCUCUAUCGAGCCAGAGAGGAUAUUGAUAUGCAGCUCAACUACAUAAUGAACAAUGUGCAACGGAUAAUCAACCGCUAUACUAUUGACCUUAACCCACCCUCUGGAAGAAAUAUCUCUGUAAAAGAAUAUAAUAAAAUACAUAGAGCCAGUUUUUCUGAGAAAUUGUCUUCUCAUGCCAAAGCUAUUGAAAGUAGAGAAAAGACUCUUGCCCGCAUACUGGCCUGGUUGGAAGAAUGGAAUGCCACUUUGUCAGAGAUGACUAUAAUUGAUGCUGACGAACGUCACCAUUGGAUAGCACAAAUGGAGAUGUUACCAGACACAUUCAAAGCUAUUGAGAACAAUGUCAAGAUACUGAUAAGAAUUAGUGCCUCUUUAAUUGAAGAAAAGAAGAAACAAAAGAAAAAAAUACAAAUUAGAGGCGCUCUCUGGAAAUCUUGGAAAGACAGAGUUAUAAAGCGACCUGCAACAGCCCAUGCUUUAAGACCAGAUCAGAUGAUUAGUGAUCAGUUUGCAACAAAUACGAAGGUUUCAGAAAUUCAAGAUAUGCUACAGGAACUCAUAGGCACUUCAAUGUUCAGUAAAUUGGAAAACAAUGCUAUUAAAUAUAUAUCAUCAACAAUGAUGAACCUUUCUAAAGCUUUGAGUGCACUAAAUGAUGAAAUAAAAGUUAUUAGCUCGCAAAGUACCACUAUGUAUGUAGAGGAGACAAGUGAGGCAGAAAAAGAGUUCUCCCUGAAGAUAAUACAAGAUCUCAUUGAAGAAAAUGAAUUGCUUCAGCAUGUACUUAAAGUUACAGAAGAAAAACAUGAACAACUUUUGCGAUCCAAAGCUGGGUCUCCAGGAUACAUAGUAUUGCCCAUGUCAUCAACCUCAAAAGUGCCACCUGGAGCUUCUCCACCGUCAUCCAUGGCCACCAUCAAAGCUAGUGAUAAAGAAGAUAGUAUUGACAGUAUUUUAGUCAAACAAUUUGAAAUUAUUGUAGAUGAGGCCCAAAGCAAAGGAACCAAAGUCUCUGGGGUAAAGUGGGACUCAGCCAUUGCAUACACAGCCCAAGCUGAAAUGACUCCAGAGUUAACUGUACCUGAAAAAAAACAGAAAAUGCCUCCUGAAGAUACUACUGAAGAGAUCACUGAACGUAAGCCAUCACUGAAGAAAGCUGAUGUCCCUCAGAAAGAGGGGACUGACCACUAUCGGCCACAUAAAAAAAAGCAAACAAAAGUCCCCCAUGUACAGGAGCCCGGUGGAUCGAAUUUGGGUGAAGAGAAAGUUUUAGAGACCAAACUUAGUCAAUACCCUGAGCUACAAGCUCUGGAAAAGAAGAGAAAAGAAAUAAAAUCCCUUUUAGAAGACAGUUCUAUUGAAACAAAGAGUCAAGGUGGCAAAGGUGGAGUAAGUAGUCUAUGGGAGCAACUGAAGAAGGCCAAAUCUGAAUAUUUACAUGACAAAAGUUUAGUUUCCACAGCGCUUAAAGUAGAACCUCCCACUGAGUCAACAAACAAAGAGAGCAAAAUUGAAAUGAUUAAGCUAGUGGAGCCGGUCAAGACAGCACAACCUGACUCUGAGCCGAAGAAAGUUAAGACAAAAGGAAAGAAACAACAGCCGUCUUUGGGAACCACCAAAAGCAAAGAAGAAAAAACUGAAGAGAAGGAAGUUUUAGAUGUUACCAAACAAUUAAAGCCACAACAACUUGUGAAAUCAGGCUCAAGGGUGGCUAAAGAGACCUCAGAAUCUACCAGAAUUCCAGAAAGUCCAGGUCGCAAAAGUGAACAGAGUAUCCUAGAAGAAUUUCAGAAAGCCAUAAUGACUUUCCUAAAAGAGAAAAUUGAUAACUUAAGAAAGCCUUCUGAGAAAAAGACCGAACUGAAGGAGGAGAUGCUAUUAAAAAGAGCAGAAGUUGAGAAAUUAGGACUCAUUAAGGCAAAAAUGGAGGAAUAUUUCCAAAAAGUGGCUGAAACCGUAACUAAAAUCUUGAGGAAAUAUAAAGAUGUAAAAAAGGAAAGAGAAACUGGAGAGAAACCUAUGAAACAAAAAAAAGUUGCAUUUACACCAGGUUUGCAUUCGCAGCGGUCACAAAUUGGUGCUACGUCUGAAAUUAGCACUUUCCUCUCACGUGAGAGCUUAGACCCAAUAACUGACUAUUUAUUACAAAUGAUCUUGGCUGAGAUAGAAAGUGAAAGAGAUGUUUCAAUAGCCCAAAAAAUGAAAAAACGAAGGAGGGAGGAAUAUUUACAAGCGGGUCAGGAAAAAAUACAUGAGAUGAGUCUCAAACACCAAUUGCUAGAAGAAAGAGAUCUCUGGAAGGAGGGUUAUGAGAUGACAUAUAAAAAUUUGGAGGAUAGAAAGGAAUCGCUGAAAGGGGAAAAGCCAAGGCAAAAGAAGCACAAACAGGGGCAGGAAGAAGAGCUGGAGGAAUACCAAAAACAGAAGAUUCAAAAGCAGAUUUCUCAAAAGGAGAAACAAAAGCUAGGGGGAAAGGAGAGAGAAGAGCAUGAGAAGCCAAAGCAGCAACAGCUGGAAGCAGGGAAACAAAAAAUGAAAGAAGAGGGGCUCUUGGAGGAGAGUAGAGAGAAGACAAGGCAGGUUCAGAAGGAAAUGAGAAAGCUGGAGCUGAAAAUAACAAGUGAGAAAGAGAAGCAGAAGCCCAGGAAAGGGGUAGAGGACUUCAAGAGGCAAAGAGAGAGCAAAGCAAUGGAUCAGAAGAAGAUUAAGGAGAAACUACAUCAAGAACUAGUAAAAAUGGUCACCCAAACUCCAAUGACAUUAUCUUCCAGAACAAAGUCCAUAUCAAAAGAUAGACCCCUGUUGCAGAAAGAAAAAGAAUUUCACAUGAAGCUUAAGAAAUUAGAGCCUCACCCUGAUGGAAAGUACCCUACACCAAUCACUCCUCCCACUUCCACGCAAUCUUUCGAACCUGGGCCCAGUGAUUCUGGGAAACCUCUCAAAAAGCACAUCACUCCCACUCCUGAGCAGACUGAAUCUCAGGGGAUCACUCUUAUCCCUCAACAGGCUCAAGGAAUUACUCUGACCCCUCAACAGGCCCAGGACCUGGGCAUCACUCUCACCCCUCAGCAGGUCCAGGCUCAGGGGAUCACUCUCACCCCUCAGCAGGCCCAGGACCUGGGGAUCACUCUCACCCCUCAGCAGGCCCAGGCUCAAGGGAUCACUCUUACCCCUCAGCAGGCCCAGGACCUGGGGAUCACUCUCACCCCUCAGCAGGCCCAGGCUCAAGGGAUCACUCUUACCCCUCAGCAGGCCCAGGACCUGGGGAUCAUUCUCACUCCUUGGCAACCCCAGGACCUGGGGAUCACUCUCACCUCUAAGCAAGCCCAGGAUCUGGGGAUCACUCUUGCCCCUCAGCAGGCCCAGGACCUGGGGAUUACUCUCGCCCCUCAGCAGGUCCAGGCUCCGGGGAUCACUCUCACCCCUCAGCAGGCCCAGGACCUGGGGAUCACUCUCACCCCUCAGCAGGUCCAGGCUCAGGGAAUCACUCUUACUCCUCAGCAGGCUCAGGACCUGGGGAUCACUCUCACUCCUCAGCAGGCCCAGGCUCAACGGAUCACUCUUACCCCUCAGCAGGUCCAGGACCUGGGAAUCACUCUCACUCCUCAGCAGGCCCAGGCUCAGGGGAUCACUCUUACCCCUCAGCAGGCCCAGGACCUGGGGAUCACUCUCACCCCUCAGCAGGUCCAGGCUCAGGGUAUCACUCUUACCCCUCAGCAGGCUCAGGACCUGGGGAUCACUCUCACUCCUCAGCAGGCCCAGGCUCAGGGGAUCACUCUUACCCCUCAGCAGGCCCAGGACCUGGGGAUUACACUCGCCCCUCAGCAGAUCCAGGCUCCGGGGAUCAUUCUCACCCCUCAGCAGGCCCAGGACCUGGGGAUCACUCUCACCCCUCAGCAGAUCCAGGCUCAGAGAAUCACUCUUACUCCUCAGCAGGCCCAGGACCUGGGGAUCACUCUCACCCCUCAGCAGGCCCAGGCUCAGGGGAUCACUCUCACCCCUCAGCAGGCUGAGGACCUGAGGAUCACUCUCACCCCUCAGCAGGCCCAGGACCUGGGGAUCACCCUCACCCCUCAGCAGGUCCAGGCUCAGGGGAUCACUCUCACCCCUCAGCAGGCCCAGGACCUGGGGAUCACUCUGACUCCUCAGCAGGUCCAGGCUCAGGGGAUCACUCUUACUCCUCAGCAGGCCCAGGACCUGGGGAUCACUCUCACCCCUCAGCAGGUCCAGGCUCAGGGGAUCACUCUUACCCCUCAGCAGGCCCAGGACCUGGGGAUCACUCUCACCCCUCAGCAGGCUGAGGACCUGAGGAUCACUCUCACCCCUCAGCAGGCCCAGGACCUGGGGAUCACUCUCGCUCUUCAGCAGGCCCAGGCUCAGGGGAUCACUCUCACCCCCCAGCAGGCCCAGGCUCAGGGGAUCACUCUCACCCCUCAGCAGGUCCAGGCUCAGGGGAUCACUCUCACCCCUCAGCAGGCCCAGGCUCAGGGGAUUACUCUCACCCCUCAGCAGGCCCAGGACCUGGGGAUCACUCUCACCCCUCAGCAGGCCCAGGCUCAGGGGAUCACUCUCACCCCUCAGCAGGCUGAGGACCUGAGGAUCACUCUCACCCCUCAGCAGGCCCAGGACCUGGGGAUCACCCUCACCCCUCAGCAGGUCCCGGUUCAGGGGAUCACUCUCACCCCUCAGCAGGCCCAGGACCUGGGGAUUACUGUUACUCCUCAGCAGGUUCAGGCAAAAGGGAUUACCCUUACCCCUCAGCAGGCCCAAAUUUUGGGUAUCACAUUUCCAUAUGAGCAGACACAACAGACAUCUAGGGCUCCUUUCACUCUGGAACAAGCCCAGCCAUUCAGAAUCCCUAUGACCCCUAAAUAUGACCAGACACUAAAGGCAUUUGUAAUUUCUGAACAGACCCAAGGAAUGCAAAUUCCAACUAUUGAACAGGCCCAGAUACUUGGGGUCCCUAUCACUGAAGGACAGGCAGAGACAAAAGUCACUCUCACACCACAGCAGCCCCAGGCAUCUGGGGUUACUCUCACUCCUGAGUACCUUCCUGUAUUGAAGCCUCCUCUCACUUCUGUUCAGGCUCAAUCAUUGCAGGACCGUCUUGUUCCAGAGCAGGCACAGGCAUUGAUGUUUACUCUUACACCUGAGAAAGCCCGGGCUUUGGGUAUCACACUUACUCCUGAUCGAGACCAGGCAGUAAGUAUUGCCCUCACUCCUGAUCAGGCCCAGGCAUUAGGGAUCGCUCUUACUGAGGAACAGGCCUGGAAAUUGGGGGUUCCUAUCACUUCAGAAAAGGUCCAAGAAGCAUCAAAUGUGAUUACUCUUAAGCAGUUGCAAGCACUGGGGAUCACUCCCUCUGGUCUGCAGGCUCAGGCACUUGGCAGUCAUUUCACCCUGGAACAAGCCCAGGCAUUGGGAAUCCCUGUCACUCCAGAAGAUGCCUGGCUGUCAGCCUUCACUCGUACUCCUGAGCAAACCCAGGUUUUGCCGUUUCCUAUCACCUUAGAACAGGCUCAAGCACUGGGAAUUCCUCUCUCUCAGGAACAGUUAGGGAAAUUAAGAGUCCCUCUAACGUCAGAUGAAUCUCCCCUUACCCUUGAGCAAGUCCAACGAUUCAGUGUCCCCUUCACCCCACGACAAGCCCAAUCUGUGGGUACUACUCUCAUGUCUGAGCAGGACCUGAAAUCAAGAGCUCCUCUCACUGAUGAGCAGCCCUCACAGCUGUGGGCAAGACCUUUUUCAGGACACACCCCAGAAUCUGGGACCUUUUCUGUUACUGAUGAAUCCAUCAUACCAAGUGCUCCUCAAAUUCCUGAGCAGAUUGUCCUAUCAGAUCCUUCUACUCUUAGAACAGUCAGGGAACUGAAGGUUUCUCCUCCCACUGAGCAAUCCAUUACAACAAGAUUAUCUCCUAGCUCUGGGCAGUCUCUGGCUUUCUCUGUUCCUACUGCUGAGAAGUCUAUAUUUGGAGUAUCUUCUACUCCUUUGCAGGUACCAAGGCCACCUCUCAUCGAAGCCCCCCUUACCCCUAAGAAAUCCCCAGGAAUGGGGGUUCUCUUUGACCCUAGGAAGCCCCUGGCACCACAGAUCAUUCCUUCUUCUAGAAAGACUCUGGUGUACAAAGAUGGAUCCUUUCCUGCACAGUUCCUAGCACCAGAGAUCCCUCCCACUUCUGGGCAGCUCUCAAUACCUGGGGCUCCUCCCUCUCCUGAACAGCCCCUUGAAUUCGAGGCCAUUGGCUCUAGGCAGUUCUUCACAUCUAGAAGCUCUCUGACUCCUAGGCUACCUCUGAUAUCAAAGACCCCUCCUUCCCCCAGGCAGCCUCUUGUAGCUAGAGCCCCAUCCACCUCUAGACAGAUUCCUAGUCUCUGGGCUCCUCUCUCUCCUGGGCAGCCCCCAUUUCUUGGGGCCUCUUCCAUUCCUGAAGAGCAGCUAGAAUAUGAACCCUUAACCCAGGCAACCCGACCUCCUGGUACCCCUGAGCAAUCUCCCUAUCUGUGGGCUCCGUCUACACUUGGGCAGCAUCUAACACCGUGGACCCUUCCUGAGCAAGCUUCCACAUUCAGGAUCACUCCCACCCUUAGGUAUCCCUCCACAUUAUGGGGUUCCACAACCCCUGUAAAGCCCCAGAAAGAACUGUCCUCUUCUGUCACGAAGAAAAGAUUGGCAAUGAUUUCUUCUCUGAAAUCUAAACUGCCAUUAGUCCAUCCCAGUGCUCCAGAUACCACAGUACGUCAGACUCCUUUCACUACUAAGUUCCAAAUGCCAGCGGUCUCUGACACUACUGAAGAAACCCAGAUACUCCAAGAUACUUUUGCCAUGGAACCAUUUAAAAUAUUUAAGUCCUAUUUCACCAAGUACAGGACACCAGUAUCACAACCUCCUUGCACUGAUGAGGAGGCCCUUCCCGCUCUCAUAAAGACUAUAAGAUCACUGCCUUCUCUUACUGCCCAACUACCCAAAUCGUCACAGAUCACACCUCCUGAUUGGGACCAGAAAUCCCGAUUCCCCCCUAUAGACAAGUCUUGGAUACUGACUUCAGUUUUAGGUACCAAGAAAGCCAAGAUGAUGGUAUCUCCUUCUACUACUCCCCAAGAGCUGGAAGAGAAGAGGUAUUUUCUUGAUGUGGAGGCUCAAAGGCAGAACCUGAUACUAUUAAAUCAGGCCACAAAAACUUCUGGACUCCCUUCACAACUACAUGCAACAGCCAGGACUCUCAUCAUAGAGACACUUCGCAUGGAUACAGUUCGGCUGGGAUACCUGUUCCGCAAGUACAUUGCCUAUAGGCUGAUCCAACGUGCCAGAAACAACAUAAUCAAACGAUUAAAAGCCAUCCGGAACUCCGGGAAAGGUUAUGAGAUCCAGGACCUCUACAAAAUGCUGAACAGAAUUGAUGACUACCAGAAAAAGGUGAUGCAGGUCUGGACUGAAAAGCUAAAGUCUCUAGAGGAGAAACGGAACCAAAACCUAAGAAAAAUGAUUCCCUUAUUCAGCCAGCUCCAAGAGCUGCAUAAAUUGAACCUUAGUAAACCUACCCCCUUGAUCAUCGACAAAAAGCAGAUUCCUGUCUCUACUAAAUUGGCUCAACAGCCAUUCCUAGAAUUACUAGUAGAAGAGGACAGACAAUAUGACAUAAUCAAGAGAUUCAGACAAGAAGACCAGACAGAAGCCAUCUGGAAUGCUGAACUGUCCACUUCAAGCUACCCAAUAACAGAAAAGGCCUCAAUACAUUCACUCUGGGCCCAGCUGGGUGGGUACCCAGAUACUCCUAGGCUGCUCCAGUUAGAUGUGCAGUCUACCUUCAGAAAAUCUCUUGCAUCCAUUCAAUCACAGUUGAAGAAGAUUCCCAAGUGACUACAAAAUUAAAUUCGGGCAA